AUGGCUAAACACCAGCCAAUGUCGAUGGAAGCGAUGCUCGACGAGGAGCGGAGAGAAGUCCUCGCGCUUUUGGAGCGAACUUCGAACCCGCGACCGAGACCUCCCAGAGAGCUGGGAACCCGCUCCCCGUCUCCCUACACGCCGCGUUCUCCAGUCCGCAGCAUGCUAGACAUUGCGCCUGUGAGGAGUAUGCUCGAUGUGGACAGCCCGCCCCCAGCACCAAUCCGAAGUAUGCUGGACGUUGAUAGUCCGGCCCCUGGCGCGAAGCAAGUGGUUUUUAGUACGCCUUCGUCACCGGUGGAAUCAAACUCCCGAGCCCAUACUGCCAACACUGCGCAUCCAAGGAGCUUAUCGGACGCUUCUUCGAGGCCCGUUGACUUCGGCCCGAGAUUAGGACCCGCUCGGGUGGUAGAUCCGACCGCUGACUACCAGUUUUCUGGAAUCAUCACGCAGCACGCGGGCCAAGCUCUCCCCAAAAGGGUCACACAAGGCGGCAAGCGGUCCAGUGCCAUGGCCGAGAUCAUGAGGGGCAACGAUGUCUCUGGCCUAGUUCUUCCUGGGGAUAGAGGGCGUCACCAUUCUACCUCUGGACCCUCACGCCUGGGAAACAAAUCAAAGUCGCCGCACAACCGCAUAGGCAUGCGCUCGCAUUCUCCUCGUGCCCCACUCAUGGGACGCACCUUGAGCCCGGCCGGACGUGGGGUGCUCAACGAUCCCGAGAUCGUUGCCUACAACAACGCUUAUAGACGCCUCUCGGAUGCAGCUCUGGCCCUGUCCGGAGGGAGUCUGUCCGAGUUAGGGAAACGGAAAGGUUCGAACUACAUGACUGGGAACGGCAGGUUGGUUAAGGACUACCUGGGUCCGGAUGGCGAGCCGCUAGUGGAAGACAGCACCGACGACAACGGAAGUUCGUCUGACGAGGAAGGACAGCGUGGGAGGAAGGCCGCUCGGAGCUCGGACAGUCGAACAUCGCAGAGCGGGUCUGCGUCACCCGAAGCCCAACGGCAGGUCAAGAGCCUGUUGGCAGCGGCUGAGGAAGAACGUGCUCAAGUGGCCUCGCAGCAACCGGCAUACCAAUACAGGUCUCUACUUGACGAGCCAGAGAUUACCGUGACGAAUCCAUCCGGCGAGCGAGUGAAGCACAAUAAACCGGUGAUCCACCCUGCCACGAGCUUUGACAACCCACCGGGGUCUGGCAUCAACACGCCCCUGGAUUCAGACACCGAGCAGGAUCUCACCGACAUCAAAAGAGCGCAGAAGCUAUCCUUUGCGAUGACGCAAAUCAUGGAUACGCCGGAGGCACACCGCACGAUCCAGAUCAUCACACGUGGUGAAUACUCGAAGCUUGUUCAGGAAGCCGAAGAGGAACACCGGCCUCCGCGGAAAUACCUGGUCGCCACCGACCUCAGCGAGGAGUCGACCCAUGCGCUCGAGUGGGCCAUCGGCACCGUCCUCCGCGAUGGAGAUACCCUCCUAGCGAUCUACUGCGUCGACGAAGAGACGGGCAUCGGCGGCGGCGACAAUGCGCAGGUUCCUGACGAGCCGAGGGCGAUGAAGGAGCAGGCGGCAGCGAUUAACACGGUCACGUCCAGCAAAACACCCAUCACGGGGAGCGGCACCAACCUUCCCCUGCGGCCAUCACCCUUGAUCUCGCGCGUCUCAGACCCGGGGUUGGGGAAUAGCGUAUCCCCCGCGCCAUCGCUCAGCAAGGAACGCAGCAAGGCCGAGGAGGAGCGGUACCGCGCCGUCCAGGCAAUCAGCGACCGGGUGACCAAGCUGCUGCGCAAGACGAGACUGCAGGUGCGGGUCGUUGUCGAGGUGCUGCACUGCAAGAACCCGAAGCAUCUGAUCACCGAGGUCAUUGACCUCGUCAACCCCACGUUGGUCAUCCUGGGGAGUCGGGGAAGGAGUGCGCUUAAGGGUGUCAUCCUGGGCUCGUUCUCCAACUAUCUGGUCACCAAGAGCUCCGUUCCUGUAAUGGUGGCGAGGAAGCGCUUGAGGAAACAGGGCAAGUACAAACGAGUGCCCGCAACGCAUCAAAUCAACAAUAUCCAUAAUCCGGCGGCCAGGAGUCUGGCGAAUGCGAAGAUCGAUUGA